AUGGAGUGCAACAUAAGCUAUUUCGCUGUCCAUGGAAUAGCCGUAGUAGGAAGACUGGCAUCCUCCUUCCCAGCAGAAGCUCUUAUCGGUGUCAUACCAGCGAUCCCUGACGCAUCUUUCAUAGCAGUGAAUGAGCAGAAGACGGAUCAUUUGAUUGGAGUCCGAAAUCUUGACGUAAGAGCAGAUGUAUCCUCUGGUGAGUUUGUGGGGAUUUUGCCUGGAUCUGAAACGAAAUCCAGAAUUCGAGGAGGUGGAAUACAGACAAGACGUGAACCUCGUAAACUCACUAAAGCAGAGGAAUUUUGUUUUGGAAACAAGGAGUACUACCGUUCCUACUGCAUAGGAAUGCUAGCGGAUCGUGACGAAUCACAAAGGAACUUUUUGUUUCGUUUUUGUCCUUGUAUCCGCGGUGAUGACUCGCCUCUGCCUAAUCCCAUGCAGACACCAGGCGCUUACCGCAGAGUCCUUGAAAAUUGCUUCAAUGGACGAGCUCAACCGCGAUUUGGAAGUGAUCCUCACCAACCAUCAGUUAUCGGUGGUAAGCUGUCUGGCCUCAGCGGGUGGGGUGGAGGGUUUCAACCGGUAUCUGCGAAAAUGCCUAUGGUUUGGCCACCAUCAACGCGCUCAUCGCAACUCAAUCCGAAUGCCAAUCCAUUCCAACCAGCCUACCAGCGAUCACAACCUCUUCCCCAAGCACAUCGGUCAUGUCAACCAGCGGUUGCCAAUCCACCGCCUGCCAUAAGUACGGCGAAUCUAAAACAGACAACAGAACAAAUUACAAGUCCACCCAGCGAAGCGUUACCGAGCAUUGUUCCAAGCCGCAGCCUACCCCAGAACACGUACAUGAGCAGAGGAACAAUGUAUUUUGGUCAGAACACUGGCUCUUCGUUUGAAGACGGAAAUGAGACUGUAGUCUCUGAUACAGAGACAGGUGUGGAACCAGAGAAGAAACCACAGCUACUGGAUAGUAUUGCUGGGAUCCUCAAGCCUGUGCCCAAGCGAGAUAUUGCCAAAAUGAUGUGGGAAGCUGCCGGUUAG